AUGCCCGAGAAAGUUUUGUCGUCAGAUUUCCCAUUGUGGGCAUUACAGCCCAAACGUGAGACAACUGUCACAUCAUUUCUCAAGAAAUACCCCGAUUAUGACGGCAGAGGUGUUAGGAUUGCUAUAUUUGACACUGGAGUAGAUCCCGGAGCACCGGGUCUUCAG